AUGUCCCUGAAGUGUAACCAUCCCCCUACACACCCCCUGUCCCUGAAGAGUGUAACCGUACCCGACAUGUCCCUGAAGUGUAAACAUAAUAACCCCCUGUCCCUGAAGUGCAAACCUUACCACCACCUGUCCCGCGGUAACACUGACAGUCUGUUUGACAUAGAGAAGGGCGUGGGCACCAUCAUCAUCGCUAAGCCUCUUGAUGCUGAGCAGCGCUCCUUCUACAACAUGACUGUGGAGGUGACAGACGGGACCAACUCUGCAGCCACACAGGUCCACAUCACAGUGUUGGACAACAACGACAACGCGCCUGUCUUCUCCCAGCCCACCUAUGACAUCACCAUCUCUGAGGACACGCCCCCGGAGACGGAGGUGGUCCAGGUGUUAGCGUCGGACCGUGACGAGCGCCACCGUCUCACCUACUCCCUCCACAGCGCCAUCGACCCCUCCAGCCUGCGUCUGUUCCGUAUUGACCCCAACACUGGCACGGUGUAUACUACAGAGAGACUGGACCACGAGGCUAGAGCACAGCACAUCCUCACUGUCAUGGUAAAAGACCAGGAGUUUCCGUACAGGAGGAACCUGGCCCGAGUGUUGGUGGAUGUUGAGGAUGUUAAUGACCAUGUCCCAGUGUUCACCAGUGCUCUGUACGAGGGUUCGGUCUAUGAGUCUGCAGCAGUGGGCUCUGCUGUGCUCCAGGUGACUGCCCUGGACAAAGACAAGGGAGAAAACGCAGAACUCUUCUAUACCAUGGAAUCAGGCAACACAGGGAACACGUUCCGGAUUGAGCCGGUUCUGGGGAUCAUCUCUGUGGCCCGCGAGCUCGACCUUUCCACCAUCGGCUACUACGUCAUUACCAUCAGAGUCACCGAUAACGGCUCCCCGCCACUCUUUGCCACCUCUGUGGUUCGCAUCGCCGUCACACUCUCCGACAACGCCGGACCCAAGUUCCCCCAGACCGAGUACCAGGCCGAGGUCACAGAGAACGUUGCUGUGGGAACCUCUGUCACCACAGUAAGCGCCAUGAGCCAAUCCACGCUGACCUACGACAUCCGACAUGGCAACAGCGAACGCACCUUCAGGAUCAACCAGUACAGUGGCGUGAUCACAACUCAGAAACCCUUGGACUAUGAGACCACAGCAUCUUACAACCUGAUCGUCCAGGCCACCAAUAUGGCUGGCAUGGCCUCCAACGCCACCCUGCUCAUACGGGUGGUGGAUGAAAACGACAACCCACCUGUGUUCCAGCUGCUGUGCUACCAGGGUAGUAUCAGCGAGGCGGCGCCCAUCAACAGUGUGGUCCUGAACCCAGAUAAAACUCCUCUGGUCAUCAAGGCCACUGAUGCUGACCGCAAUCAGAACGCUCUCCUGGUCUAUCAGAUCGUUGAGGACACAGCCAAGAUGUUCUUUACAGUGGAUUCUGGCACCGGCUCCAUCAGGACUAUCGCCAACCUGGACCACGAGACGUUUGCUAGUUUUAACUUUCAUGUUCAUGUGAGAGACAGUGGGAGGCCUCAGCUGACAGCGGAUAGCCCCACCGAGGUCACCAUCCAGGUGAUUGACACAAAUGACUCUCCACCUCGCUUCACCCAAGACACCUACGAAACUGUCCUGCUGCUGCCCACCUAUGUAGGAGUGGAGGCAUUACAGGUCUCAGCUAUGGACCCAGACCAAAAUGUCCCCACAGAGCUCACCUACUCAGUGACAGAUGGCAACCUGGAGCACUUUUCCAUCCAGCCCUCCAGCGGCAUCAUCACCGUCAAAAACAACAACUUCUCCAAGGAACGAUUCCGCUUCAACGUCAAAGUGUCCGACGGUAAGUUCUCCAGCACUGCUCUAGUCACUGUUCUGGUCCGUGAGACGCUGGACUCUGGCCUCUUCUUCGCCCACAGCCUCUACUCCUCGUCCAUCCAAGAGAACAAUACCAACAUCACCAAAGUGGCCGUGGUCAACGCAGUGGGGAAUCGCCUCAACGAGCCCCUCAAGUACACCCUACUGAAUCCUGGGACACGCUUCCGGAUCCGAUCCACCUCUGGCGUAAUCCAGACCACUGGCAUUCCCUUCGACCGUGAGGAGCAGGAGUUCUAUGAGCUGGUGGUGGAGGCUGGGAGGGAGCAUGACCGUCUGCGUGUUGCCAGGGUAAUGGUCAGGGUGCAGGUAGAGGACAUUAACGACAACGCUCCUGUGUUCGUGGGACUACCGUAUUACGCUGCUGUCCAAGUGGAGGCCGAACCCGGUUCGCCCAUAUUCCGGGUCACCGCCGUGGACCGUGACAAAGGCAUCAACGGAGAGGUGUCCUACUAUCUGAAAGAUGACCACGGACACUUUGAGAUCGACAGGCUGACGGGCGGCCUCCGUCUGAAGAAGUCUUUUGAGUCUGACCUGUCCAACCAGGAGUACCAGAUGGUAGUUUACACCAAGGACGGAGGUUACCCUCCUCUUUCCUCCACCUUAGAGUUCCCCAUCACUGUGGUGAACAAGGCCAUGCCCGUCUUCGACAAGUCCUUCUACGCAGUGUCGGUGAACGAGGACGUAGCGGUACACACUCCCAUAUUAGGAAUCAACGCCACCAGCCCUGAGGGCCAGAACAUAAUCUACACCAUCGUGGAGGGAGACCCCUCUCUGCAGUUCGACAUCGGCUUUGACACCGGAGUCAUCAGAGUCAUCAACUCCCUGGACUAUGAGAUCGCCCCAUCCUUCCGUCUGACCGUCAGAGCCACAGACUACCUGACCAGCGCCCGUGCUGAGGUGGACGUAGAUGUCACAGUUAAUGAUGUCAAUGAUAACCCUCCGGUGUUUGAGAAAACGUCCUAUAAGGCAGUUCUGUCUGAGACUGCCAUGAUUGGCACUCCGGCUCUGCAAGUGGUGGCUACUGACAAAGACUCUGAGAAGAACAACAUUGUACGCUAUCAGAUAUUCUACCCCACAGAUGCCUACAACAGCACCGACCACUUCCAUAUCGACAGCAGCAGCGGCCUCAUCUUGACCGCCCGCAUGCUCGACCACGAGCUGGUCCAGCGCUACAACUUCAUCGUCAGGGCAACCGAUAACGGCUUCCCACCGCUGAGCAGUGAAGUGUCGGUCAUGGUGGUGGUGAAUGACAUGAACGACAACCCUCCGGUGUUCAACCAGCUUCUCUACGAGGCCUAUGUCAGCGAACUGGCCACGAGGGGCUAUUUUGUGACCUGCGUCCAGGCUUCGGAUGCUGACAGCUCCGACUAUGACAAACUGGAGUACCGCAUCCUGUCAGGAAACGAGAGAAUGAACUUUGUGAUGGAUGGUGAGACGGGUAUCAUCACGCUGUCUGGUCACAGGAAGCAGAGGAUGGAGCCAGCCUACAGUCUGAAUGUAUCCGUCUCUGAUGGGGUGUUCACCAGCACAGCCCAGGUGCACGUCAGGGUCCUGGGGGCCAACCUCUACAACCCUGUGUUUGGACUGAAUGCCUACGAUGCAGAGGUACGGGAGAAUGCAGCGGUAGGAACCAAGGUGAUCCAGGUGAGGGCGACCGAUGCUGACCCAGGAGUGUUUGGCCAGAUUACCUACUCAUUCGUCAACGACGUGGGGAAGGACCAGUUUAGUGUGGACGCCAACGGUCAGAUCACCACCCUGGAGAAGCUGGACAGAGAGGACCCUGGCAACAAGGACAUCGUCCUUACGGUGGCGGCCCAGGACGGGGGUGGAAGGGCCUCCUACUGCACCGCCCGGGUCUCCCUGGUGGAUGACAACGACAAUGUCCCUCGCUUCAGAGCUACAGAAUACCGUGCUUCCGUCAAAUCUAACGUAGGCAAAGGCUUCUUGGUGACCCAGAUCCAGGCAUAUGAUCCUGACGACGGUGCCAACUCUAAGGUGACAUACUCGCUCUACAGCGAGGCACACGUACCCGUGGUGGAUAUGUUAGAGAUCGACCCUGACAACGGCUGGAUGGUCACCAAGGGGAGUUUCAGCCACCUGCGCAACUCAGUCCUGUCUUUCUUUGUCAAAGCAGUAGAUGGAGGUAUCCCUGUCAAGCACUCUUUAGUAUCAGUCUACAUCCACGUCUUGGCACCUGACGCCCUCAUUCCCUCCUUCACCCAACCCCAGUUCUCCUUUACCGUCCCAGAGGACACCCCUAUAGGAGCUGCCCUAGGGUCCGUCCGCCUCAUCACCCCACCAGGCUACGCCUCGCUGCCAGUCACCUUUGCUCUGGUCAACGGAGAGACCGGGGAGAACAACCAGGAUGGAGUCCUGGUGGUGGACAGGGACACUGGGGUCAUCAAGCUGGACAAGCCCCUGGACCACGAGGUCAUCACUGCCUUCCACUUCAAGGUCACAGCCACCGUGCAGCAGGCCAAGCUGGACUCUGUGACCAGUGUCGACGUAGAAGUCAAAGUCCUGGAUCUGAACGACAACAAGCCAGCAUUUGAAUCCAACUCCUACGAGGCGACAGUGAUGGAAGGGAUGCCUAUCGGCACCAUGAUCAUCCAGGUUCAGGCUCUGGACCCAGACUCUGGAGCUAACGGACAGGUUACAUACAGCCUAGGCACGUUGGCGCAAUCCGAAGGGGAGCCGGACCAAUCCACACAGACCUUCACCAUUGACAGCAACACGGGCUGGAUCUCUACUCUCAAGGAGUUGGACCAUGAGAUGUACCCAUCCUACGCCUUCCUGGUGGUAGCCUCAGACCUGGGGGAGACCCUGGCCCUCGGCUCCACCUCCACGGUGACCGUGGCCGUGUCGGACAUCAACGACAACCCGCCCAGAUUCCUGGAUGAGAGGUACUGUGGCUCAGUGCGCGAGAGCGACCCCCCUGGUGAGGUGGUGGCUGUGCUCAACACUAGAGAUGACGACAGCUCUACAGUGAACCGCCAAGUCAGCUAUCACAUCACAGGUGGGAACCCUCGGGGGGUGUUUGCCCUGGGGCAGGUGCAGGGUGAGUGGAAGAUGUACGUGAAGCGCCCGCUGGACCGCGAGGAACAGGAACUAUACCUCCUCAACGUUACCGCUAGCGACGGGCUGUUCGUCACCAGGGCAACCGUGGAGGUGUCUGUGACUGACACCAACGACAACAGCCCUGUCUGUGACCAGGCUCUUUACACAGCCUCGUUCCCAGAGGAUAUCCCAGUCAACAGAUUGAUAGUAGGCAUUGGAGCCAGCGAUGCUGAUGUAGGGGUCAGUGCUUGGAUCCAGUACUCUCUACAUGGACCGGGCUCUGAAGACUUCAGCAUCGACCCAGACACUGGCGAACUAAAGACAGCCCAGGCCCUGGACAGGGAGAAGACCCCUGUGUACAGACUGGUUGCCCAGGCGACAGACGGAGGUGGUCGGUUCUGUCGUGCGGAGGUCCACCUGACGCUGUUGGAUGUGAAUGACAACCCUCCGGCGUUCUCUGCUCCCCACUACACUGCCAGUGUGUAUGAAGACACAUCCACCAAGGCCCUGCUUACACGCAUACAGGCCAUCGACCCUGAUGAAGGCAUCAGUCGUAAGGUAGUAUAUUCUCUUGCCGACUCUGCCGGAGGCUUCUUCUCCAUCGACAAAUCCUCUGGCAUCGUGGUCCUGGAACAUAUCCUCGACCGCGAACAGCAACCGUCCUACAUGAUCACGGUCAGAGCGUCCGACCAGGGUUCUCCUGUCCGCCUGUCCUCCCUGGUCAACGUGACCGUCACGGUCCUGGACAUCAAUGACAACCCACCGGUGUUUGAGCGGCGUGACCACCUCGCCACCGUGCCAGAGGACGUGGGGUUAGGGACGGAGGUUCUGAGAGUGUAUGCAGCCAGUAAGGACAUUGGAACCAACGCUGAGAUAACCUAUAGUAUCCGCUCAGGCAACGAGCACGGAAAGUUCCACAUACACCCCAUCACUGGUGCCAUCGCUGUGUCCAAGCCUCUGGACUUUGAGACGUGUAAAGACUACUUCCUUACUGUGGAGGCCAGAGAUGGUGGAAACCCGCCCCUAAGCGCCGUAACCAUGGUAAACAUCAACCUGACGGAUGUCAACGACAAUGCACCCAUGUUCAGCCGAGACGUCUACACUGCUGUCGUAUCCGAGGACGCAACCAUCGGAGAGUCCGUCGUCAAGCUGACAGCUGAGGACGUAGACAGUCAGGUGAAUGGUGAUAUCCUCUACUCCAUCGUCAGUGGCGACAGAGAGAACCAGUUCUUCAUAGACCCUCUCUCUGGCAUGGUGAAGGUCAACAAACAGCUGGACAGAGAGACGGUGUCUGGUUACUCUCUGGCGGUCAGGGCUCUGGACAGUGGUGUUCCGCCCAUGUCGUCAACGGUGAUGGUCAACAUCGACAUCUCAGACAUCAACGACAGCCCGCCUACUUUCACCCCGGCCAAUCUCACCACUGUCAUACAGGAGAACAAGCCCAUCGGCACCAGCAUUCUGCAGCUGUCUGUCAUAGACCAGGACUCUUCCCAUAACGGCCCGCCCUUUGAGUUCCGCAUCUUAUCAGGGAAUGAGGGUGGAGAGUUUACACUGGAGUGGGAUGGAACUCUGCUAGCCAAUCAGGUGUUUAGGAGGGACUUGGCCACAGAGUAUGUCAUCCAGGUCCAGGUAAGGGACUCAGGUAAGCCCCGUCUGUCCUCCUCUUCUACCCUGACGGUGCGUGUGAUUGAGGAGAGCCUUCACCGGCCCGUAGCGCUACCCCUGGAGGUCCACAUCAUCACCAUGGAGGACGAGUUUCCUGGAGGAGUCAUCGGCCAGCUGCACGCCACUGACGCAGACCCCUACGAUGUCCUGACCUUCGGCCACGCCCCUCCGUCUCAACGCUCCCUCUUCAAGAUCAGUCCGAGAGACGGUAAGAUCAUAGCCCUGGGCGGCCUGGAUGCCGGUCGCUACUCCCUCAACGCCAGCGUGAGUGACGGACGCUUUGCCGUGCCCGUGGCUGUGAGCGUGCACGUGGAGCAGGCAUCACCAGAGAUGCUGCGCGAGGCGGUGACAGUGCGUUUCGAGAGUGUGCAACCACACGACUUUGUGGCCACACAUCUGAAAAACGUGGUGAAAGUUCUGAAGGUUGCCGCGGCGACGCAGAAGCAGGACGCGCUGCACGUGCUCAGUCUGCAGCCCGUGGGCGGGACCAGCCAGCUGGAUCUGCUGGUUGCCGUGGAGACGGCUGGGGGAGGUUUCUACAAGGCAGCGUACCUGACUCAGAAGCUGAGCGCCUCCCGGAGGCAGCUGGAGGAAGUGCUGAGGGUGUCGGCCAUCUUGGAUAAGAACUGUUCUGGGCUUGAGUGUCGUGGGGCCCAAUGUGAGCAGAGCAUUGUGUUGGACUCUCACGCGCUCAUCACCUACAGCACACCCAGGGUUAGCUUUGUGUCGCCACGCUUCCACAGGACCACACGCUGCACCUGCACUGGUUUUUCCUGUAGUUGCGGUCCCCAGUACACUGGGGGGCGCUGUGAAACUGAGAUCACGGCGUGCGUUCCCAACCCCUGCCACAACAGCGGUGUGUGCAAAGCCAUCGGCAACGCUUUCCUCUGCAGCUGCAGGAGAGGUUUCAAGGGCAUCACGUGCGAGGAAGACGUAAACGAGUGUGAGCGGGGCGGAGCCACGGGCGGCGAAGCAGAAUGUGAGAACGGCGGUGUGUGUGUCAACACGCACGGCUCGUUCUACUGCAACUGCACGGCGGGCUUCGUGGGCCAGCUCUGCGGCCUGCGGCCCGUGGUGGUACCAGACAUGCAGGCUGGACACGCCAUGGUGGGGAAAGAAGAACUGAUCGGCAUUGCUGUUGUCCUCUUCGUCAUCGUCACCCUCAUCAUCCUCUUCAUCGCCUUCCGUAAGAAGGUGUUCCAGAAGAACUACUCCCGUAACAACUUGACGCUGGUCCAAGAUCCAGCAACAGCAGCUCUCUUAAACAAGGCCAACGGGGUUCAGUUCAAGACCCUGCGCUGCACGCCGGGAGACCCCUUGAACCUGUACGCCGAAGCGGGGCUGUGCGCCACGGUGAUAGGUGGCGGAGCUGGGAUGCUCGGCCCGCCCCAGGUGCCUGUGAGGCCCAUGGCAUACACACCCUGUUUCCAAGGUGAUCCGCGGUCCACGCUGGAGAAGAUUGCAGAUGGGAGAGGCGUGGAACACACUGAGAUGAGCACCUUCCACCCAGAGUCACCCAGGAUUCUGGGAGGCACAGUGCGGAGGGGGGUGGUGGUGUGUAGCGUUGCGCCCAACCUGCCACCUGUCUCGCCCUGUCGUUCUGACUGUGACUCCAUCCACAAGAGCCCCUGGGACAGCGACGAGGGUAAAAUGGUAGAUAUGGGCGAAGAGAUGACCUGUUUCUCAGGGAGCAACAAGGGCAGCAACUCUGAGGUCCAAUCACUGAGCUCCUUCCACUCCGACUCCUGCGACGACAACGCCUCCAUAGUGACCGUCAUUCGACUGGUCAAUGAUGCAGUCGACACUAUUGAAAACGAAGUGUCAGUCAUGGAUCAAGGUCAGAGCUACAACAGAGCAUAUCACUGGGACACGUCUGACUGGAUGCCCAACUCACGUCUACCCAACAUCGAGGAGGUGCCCAGUUACGAGGCCAGCGGCCUCGGAGACAUGGUUGCCUCAGCCUCCCGACUGGGGGUCAGCUCUCGCCUGGGGGGCAGCUCUCGCCUGGGGGGCAGCGCCCGGGACCUGGAUUCAGACUACUACCUCGGGGGCUACGACAUCGACAGUGAUUUCCCACCUCCUCAUGAGGAAGAGUUCCUGACCCAGGACCAGCUCCCGCCUCCCCUCCCCACUCCCCUGGAGGAGUACCAGGAGCACCCCUACGACACCCUGCCCGCCACCCAGCCCGCCUCCAAGGAGAGCACCCUGAGUGGGAGUGUUAGUGGCAGCACCGGACGCCACAGGUCCCCCCGCCCACACUUCCACCCCAGCCAAUACCUGCCCCCACACCAGCUGCCCCUGGGGGAGGCGGGGCAAGGCGGGCUGGGAGGGGAGGAGUUCAGCACUUUUGUGGGUGGGGCGAUCAUGUCGGGAGGCGGGGACAUGGAUGAUAAUGUGUCGCUGAAUAGGAGGUUGUCAGUGAACGCAUCAUCGGCCUCGGACUUGUCGGCCCCCUGCGGUUUUGACGACUCUGAGGCGGGCGGUAGUGACUUUGACAGUAUGGAUGAGCUCCAACGGGGUGGGACACACACCGUAGAGAUGCAGCAACAGACUGAGGUCUGAAGUCUGACUGGGCCCCACUGUGGGGUCAAGGAGAGUGGCAAGGGGACGGGUGGGCAUGAGUGCACGACAGAGACUGCUGGAGUAGGAAGUGGACGCUGUGGACGCUGUGUCGAGCUGUGCAGGUUCCUCUGGACUGAGUAAUGAAAGAUGGAGGUAGUCAUUCAGAGGGGAAUGAUUGGUGUUUAAUGGACACACUGCUAGAUAGUGGCUACAUCAUCAAAACAGUACCACCCUAACCCUUCAACCACUGCCAUUGCAAACACUAACCUCAAACCACUUCACCCAUUGCAGGCUUUAUCCUUAAACCACUUUUCUUCAUUCCAAGCCACUACCCUUAUUCAUGACCCUUUAGCCACUACCCUUAAGCUAAUACCAAGCCGCAUGCAAUGGAAAGAAACGUGUUUUGACACAUUAGUACCUACAGCUGGCUAUCAUCAUAGCCACUACCCUAGCAGUGGCCCGUGUCAAGAUCAGAUGGGUGUUAUCCUCUUCCAUAGUGAGGAACAGAAAGCCUACCAGAUAUGUUGAGUAAGUAGGAAAAGAGGGUGAGAAUGUGAAUAAGAAAGAUUAAGUUUUAAAAAAUACAAACUUUUAAGAGACAAGUGCAGAGAAAAUGGAUGAGCUAGUGCAGAGAAAAUGGAUGAGCUAGUGCAGAGAAAAUGGCCGAGCUAGUGCAGAGAAAAUGGCCGAGCUAGUGCAGAGAAAAUGGAUGAGCUAGUGCAGAGAAAAUGAAUGAGCUAGUGCAGAGAAAAUGGAUAAGCUAGUGCAGAGAAAAUGGAUAAGCUAGUGCAGAGAAAAUGGAUGAGCUAGUGCAGAGAAAAUGGAUGAGCUAGUGCAGAGAAAAAGGAUGAGCUGGUGCAGAGAAAAUGGAUGAGCUAGGGCAGAGAAAAUGGAUGAGCUUGCGCAGAGAAAAUGGAUGAGCUAGUGCAGAGAAAAUGGAUGAGCUAGUGCAGAGAAAAUGGAUGAGCUAGUGCAGAGAAAAUGGAUGAGCUAGUGCAGAGAAAAUGGAUGAGCUAGUGCAGAGAAAAUGGAUGAGCUAGAGCAGAGAAAAAGGAUGAGCUAGCGCAGAGAAAAUGGAUGAGCUAGCGCAGAGAAAAUGGAUGAGCUAAGCGCAGAGAAAAUGGAUGAGCUAGCGCAGAGAAAAUGGAUGAGCUAGUGCAGAGAAAAUGGAUGAGCUAGUGCAGAGAAAAUGGCCGAGCUAGUGCAGAGAAAAUGGCCGAGCUAGUGCAGAGAAAAUGGAUGAGCUAGUGCAGAGAAAAUGAAUGAGCUAGUGCAGAGAAAAUGGAUGAGCUAGUGCAGAGAAAAUGGAUGAGCUAGUGCAGAGAAAAAGGAUGAACUAGUGCAGAGAAAAGGGAUGAGCUAGUGCAGAGAAAAUGGAUGAGCUGGUGCAGAGAAAAUGGAUGAGCUAGUGCAGAGAAAAUGGAUGAGCUAGUGCAGAGAAAACGGAUGAGCUAGUGCAGAGAAAACGGAUGAACUAGUGCAGAGAAAAGGGAUGAGCUAGUGCAGAGAAAAUGGAUGAGCUGGUGCAGAGAAAAUGGAUGAGCUAGUGCAGAGAAAAUGGGUGAGCUAGUGCAGAGAAAAUGGGUGAGCUAGUGCAGAGAAAAUGGCCGAGCUAGUGCAGAGAAAAUGGACAAGCUAGUGAAUCAAGAAAAGAUGAAGAAUGUUUGGUAAAAAGAAAAGAAGACAAUAUUGUAAUUGAACAGCCAGUGCUGUGAUAUUGCCUUCUCUUUCUGCUCAAAGCAGAUGUGAUUGGUUUUAGCUGCACACAACUUCCCUGUCCUACCUCUCACUAUACCUGCCUACCCACAGAGGCCCAAAAAGGACUUCUCCCUUA